CCUGCCCCUCCCGUAGGUACUCCACAAGAAGGUGGGUGGCGGGGGCUCGGCUCUGGCCGGUGCUCGGAAAGACGGAGGGGAAGGGGAGAAAUUCUCGGAGCGGUCGCCCUCGUCUCCACUCACUCGGGGCAGCAGCGUGGCAGCUUUGGACUCGAUACAGUUGCCUUGCGAAGAGGCUCAACUAAAUGGAGUCCCACAAUGGCGAGGCUGAUGACCUGCCCCCUCCACCUCCGCUUCCACCUAAUGUGAAAGCCACUAAAGCUGAGGAACCAAAGAAGUUGUCAAAACCUACGAAGGUGCUGGUCCCUAGGAAAGGUUUUGGCAAGAAGGGGCAACAGAUAAGGCUUUUAACAAACCACUUUAAAGUUUCUCUGAAGACAACAGAUGAAUUUUUCUAUCACUACUAUGUGAAUCUGAAGUAUGAAGAUGAUAGGCCGGUUGAUGGCAAGGGGGUAGGACGAAAAGUGAUCGACAAGAUCCAGCAAACUUACGGUACUGAGCUUGCGAAUAAAGACUUUGCAUAUGAUGGUGAGAAGAGCCUGUUUACAAUUGGUGCUCUUCCUCAAGUGAACAACGAGUUCACUGUUGUGCUGGAAGAUGUUUCAACUGGAAAGACGGCAGCAAAUGGCAGUCCUGGCAAUGAUAGCCCCUCUGGAAGUGACAGGAAAAGGGUUAGAAGGCCAUACCAGACAAAGACAUUUAAAGUGGAGCUAUCCUUUGCAGCGAAAAUCCCUAUGAGUGCAAUUGCACAGGCUUUGAGAGGUCAGGAAUCAGAGCACACUCAGGAAGCAAUUCGAGUUAUUGAUAUCAUAUUGAGGCAGCACUCUGCAAAGCAGGGUUGCCUGUUGGUCCGCCAAUCUUUCUUCCAUAACAAUCCUUCAAACUUUGUUGACUUGGGCGGUGGUGUAAUGGGCUGUAGAGGAUUCCAUUCUAGUUUUCGCGUAACACAGAGCGGGCUUUCACUUAAUAUUGAUGUGUCCACUACAAUGAUUGUCAAACCUGGUCCUGUUGUUGAUUUUCUGCUUGCCAACCAGAAGGUUGAUCAUCCAAAUAAGAUUGACUGGGCUAAGGCCAAGCGUGCACUGAAGAACUUAAGGAUUAAAACCAGUCCAGCAAAUACUGAAUAUAAGAUUGUUGGUUUGAGUGACAGGAAUUGCUUUGAACAAAUGUUCACACUAAAGAAUAGAAACUGUGGCAAUGGUGACUCUGAAGCAACAGAGAUUAGUGUUUAUGAUUACUUUGUGAAGAACCGUGGCAUAGAGUUGAGAUACUCUGGUGAGCUUCCGUGUAUUAAUGUGGGGAAACCGAAGCGGCCAACCUAUUUUCCUAUUGAGUUGUGUAGCCUUGUGCCUUUGCAAAGAUACACUAAGGUUUUGAGUACACUUCAGAGGUCCUCGCUUGUUGAAAAGUCUAGGCAGAAACCCCAGGAAAGGAUGUCAGUUUUGUCUGAUGUACUGCAACGCAGCAACUAUGAUUCAGAGCCUAUGCUGAUGGCAUGUGGCAUUUCAAUAGCUAAAAGUUUCACUGAAGUUGAUGGUAGGGUGCUGCAAGCCCCCAAGCUUAAAGCUGGAAAUGGAGAAGAUAUUUUUACACGUAAUGGGAGAUGGAACUUCAACAAUAAGAGGCUCAUUAAAGCCAGCAGUGUCGAGAAAUGGGCUGUGGUGAACUUUUCAGCGCGAUGCAAUGUCAGGGAUCUCGUCCGAGAUCUCAUCAAGUGUGGGGGCAUGAAGGGAAUUAAAGUAGAUCAACCCUUUGAUGCAUUUGAAGAGAAUCCUUCAAUGAGACGGUUACCUCCUGUAAGAAGGGUUGAUGACAUGUUUGAACAAGUAAAAACAAAGCUUCCUGGAGCACCCAAGUUUCUUCUGUGUGUUCUUGCUGAGAGGAAGAAUUCUGAUGUUUAUGGGCCUUGGAAGAAGAAAUGUCUUGCUGAAUUUGGGAUUGUUACACAGUGUGUAGCACCUACAAGAGUCAAUGAUCAGUAUCUUACAAAUGUUCUGCUAAAGAUAAAUGCGAAGCUUGGUGGGUUAAAUUCACUGCUUCAAAUUGAAGCAACCCCUGCUAUUCCUCUUGUAUCCAAGGUCCCAACUGUCAUACUGGGAAUGGAUGUCUCCCAUGGUUCACCUGGACAGUCUGAUGUUCCUUCCAUUGCUGCGGUUGUUAGUUCUCGUGAAUGGCCACUGAUUUCAAAAUACAGAGCUUCGGUGCGUUCUCAAUCACCCAAGUUAGAAAUGAUUGAUUCCUUGUUUAAGCCAAAUGGAACUGAGGAUGAUGGCCUCAUUCGGGAGUUGCUGAUAGACUUCUACACCAGUUCUGGGAAGAGAAAACCUGAUCAAAUCAUUAUCUUCAGGGAUGGUGUUAGUGAAAGUCAGUUUACUCAGGUGCUAAACAUUGAGUUAGAUCAAGUAAUUGAGGCAUGCAAGUUUCUGGAUGAAAAUUGGAAUCCUAAGUUCACAUUGAUUGUUGCCCAGAAAAAUCAUCAUACUAAGUUUUUCUUGCCUGGAUCUCCGGAUAAUGUUCCUCCUGGUACUGUUGUGGAUAACAAAGUCUGCCACCCAAGGAACUAUGACUUCUACAUGUGUUCGCAUGCUGGAAUGAUAGGGACUACGAGGCCAACACAUUACCAUAUCCUGCAUGAUGAGAUAGGCUUCACCCCUGAUGACCUGCAGGAGUUGGUGCAUUCACUGUCUUAUGUCUAUCAAAGGAGCACUACAGCCAUAUCCGUUGUUGCUCCGGUCUGCUACGCACACCUUGCCGCAUCCCAGGUUGGCCAGUUCAUAAAGUUCGACGAGAUGUCAGAGACCUCCUCCAGCCAGGGAGGCCACACCUCGGCGGGCAGCGUCCCGGUGCAGGAGCUGCCCCGCCUGCACGAGAAAGUCAGGAGCUCCAUGUUCUUCUGCUGAGCAGCACUAGCUGCUUGUGCAUGUGUUCGGUCGAGAACCUUGAUGGUACGUGAGGCAUCGGUUGCUGCACUAGUGCCCCGAGAAACUUGGAACUCUGUUAGGAUGUCGUAGACGUUUAGGCUUCAAAAAGUAUCAGUAUUUUGCUCCAGUUGCUUAUAUGUUCUGUGCCGUUUUGCGUUUCU